UAUAAUUAGAUUGAUUUUACCCACAGUCUAUAAAACUUCAGUGAUAAUAAUAGAAAGAAAAUUUAGACGAAGAAAAAUCGAAACCAUCGUGAAACGGAAUAUCGACAUUCUCCCUUCUCUAAUACACAUCGAUAUUUUACGUCUGUAUCGUGCAAUCGAUUUCAGGAAAGCCAAUGGUCCGAGCCUAUCGUUUUUUUGUUUAUGUUGCAGCUUUUCACAAAUUGCUUUGAAAAGUGGUAAAAAAAGUGGUUGCCACGGCCAAACUGACUGUGCGUCGCGUUCGUCGAGCCUUGGUCCGAACCCGUGAGAUCCGCAACACCGAGGUCUGUGAUCCGGACCCAGUAAUAAGCUAUAAUUCACAUAUCCCGAAUGAUUUUGAUUCGUUUUAUUGGCUUGUGCUGGCGAACAAACAAACAGGAUACGCUAACGCAUAGUCACCUAACAUAAGGUGGAAACGCAUAUAGCUUCGCCGUUUUAAAAACAGAUUACGCAGUUAUGUCGCAGGUACUCAGCCCCCACAAACAGGGUGUGGCAGAGGCGGAUGACCUGGACUAUACGAAUAGCAGCUCGAUUAUUGAGUUUUUGGCCAAGGAGCAAGACUGCGGUGGAAUCUUGGCAGACCCGGAUCCGGAGUCCAUUUUCCAGGAGGUAAGUCGGCUGUCCGACAGCACGGAUAUGCGAUCCGUUGACGAGUUGCUCCAGGAAGCGGAGCGCCUGAUCCAACAACAGCUGCGUCUGGGCGGAAUCGCCCCGCAAUUGGACAGUUCCGUGGCCUCGGCAACCGCUAAAUCCCUUGGAGAGGAAGACGCUCCCGGAGAUGCAUCCUCCUCAUCCCCGCAGUCCUCGCACAGCAGCAUUCGGCUCAACACACGCUACACACAUCGCAUAGAGCACUUUCCCGCUCCUCUGCCGUCAAAAAGUGGCGGAAUUAAUGGCAAGGUCCGACCCAGAUCCGGCUCCAAGUCGUCGGCAUCGCCCACUUCCGUCCAGACGCCACUGGACAGCAAUAAUGGUGCUGGUUUCGCCGCAUUCGUUGACAACUUGCCCUCGGAAUCAGUCAUUUCAGAGGAGUCCACGCCCAAGGACAUGGACAACCACACGGCGGCCUUGGCGCAGCUACAGCUCCAGCUUCAGGACAAUACGGAUGACGACGAGGACACGUGGUUGCUGAAAGUGAGUAAACACUGCCUUCCUCCGCAGAUGGAGGAGAUAACCGAGGCGGAGGUGGACACCCCGGCUCUCCCGGCGACAGAAGGCCUCGGCCGUCCGCUGCGCAGUUCCUCGUGCAGGCCGCCAAGGGGCCACGCCCCCCCGUCCAGCCAGCCCAUCUCGACCAUGCUGCCAAUCCGACCGAUGGCCAGCUACAGCGAGAAGGCAGUCGGCAGCUCGCCCAAGCACAUGGUCAGCACCCUGAGCUCGCCCAUCGAGCAGAUCGCGUGCAGCGUGUCCCGGGAGCACGCGCUCAAGCUCGAGAUCGAGCAGCUGCAGGAGCGGCUGAAGGACACCGAGGAGCGGCUGGCCUCCGUCCGGCUGCAGAGCGAGUCGCUCUCGCAGACGCAGCGCGCCCUGCGGGAGCACAACGGGCGGCUGCAGGAGGAGUCCGAGAUGCUGAAGCUGGACGUGCAGCACCUCAACGAGUGCGCCAACGUGCUGCGGGCGGAGCUGCAGGCGGCGCGGAGGGACCGCGGCGAGGCGCUCCAGCUGCAGCGCUCCCUGCGCGAGGAGCUGGAGGAGGCGCACCAGGAGCGGCGGCGGACCGGCGAGGGCAAGGAGAAGGACUGCCGCGUCAUCCAGGACCUGCAGCGCCAGUGCCGCGAGAUGGAGCGCAUCCUGAUGCGCAAGCACCCGGACUCGGUCUCCGCCUUGAUAGUGGCUUCCAAGAGUCCGGGCAUGUGUCCGCUGAACGACCAGGAGAACGUGAACAGCCGCAAGCUGCUGGAGCAGCGGAUCGCCCAGCUGGAGUCGGACGCCAAGGAGCAGGACCGCAAGGCGCAGCAGAUCCUGGCCAACGUGCAGGCGCGCUUCAACUCGGUGCAGGCGAAGUACGAGACGCACAUCGCGGAUCUGGAGACGCAGGUCCUGAGCCUCCAGGAGAUCAACACCAAGCUGAACGAGCAGAUCGAGUCGCAGGUGCGCACCUUGGACCGCUACAUGCAGAAGCGGGCGGACAGGUUCUACAACAACUGCACCCAAACGGAUCCCCUGGAGGCCCUGGAGUGCGGUGGAGUCUGCCCUGGAGCCACCGCUGUCAGCUCCACCACGAUGGGCACCCAGACGCCGACGCCGACGGCGAACGGGACGCGGGACCACAGCACCAACACCAUUGGCUGCCCCUCGCCGGCGCUCGUGUGCCAGCAGCCGCACCUGCACCACCACCACCAGCACCAGCACCACCCCCAGCACCCACUCCACCCACACGCCCCCUCCGCCAGCAGCAGCACCAGCAGCACGGCGAACUCCACGCCGAACACCUCGCGGCCGAACUCGAAGCAGAGCGGAGGCGGCGGGCAGCGGCGGUCGCCGCUGGUGGGUGGCGGCCAGUCCAAGCUGCCCAUCUCGCAGUCGGACUCCACGCUCUCGCUGCUCAGCCACGGCGGCUCCAAGGAGGAGGGCCAGCUGCUCAGCUCCGUGCGCAGCAUGCGCGUCGACCUGGCCAUCAAGAACAAGGCGAUGCAGCGGCUCACGCGAGAGCUGGACGAGUGCAAGAAGACCAUUCGCAAGCUGCAGCGGGAGCGGGAUGCCAGUGGCGGUGGCGGUAGCGGUGGCCCUGCCAGCCAAGCGGGCGGCAAGCUGGAGAUGCGGUCGCAGGCCAGUGGCGGAUCGCUCCAGCGGCGCUCCAGCGGCUACGACCACCAUCAGAACCACCACAGCGACCACGUGCCGGCGGCCACCGAGAGCCAGGCUCUGAAGGAGGCCCACAACAAGUACCGCCUGCUGGAGGCCGACUACAAGACGCUCCACGACAAGCGGCUGCAGGACCUGAAGACCCUGCAGAGCGCCCACGAGAGGGAACUGGCCUCCUGCAACGAGACCGUGCGCAUCCUGCAGCAGCGCCUCAACGAGCGGGAGGAGGCCCUGACCACCCAGAAGCGGCGCAAGGUGCCCGUCGACUACUACGCGCUGAAAGCCAAGGUGUCGCUUCUGGAGCGGAGGCACUCGGAGCGGGAGGAGCGCCUCCACAUGCUCGUGGAGGCCCUGAGCAAGGGACGGCUCAACGGGGCCCUGGAGGACCUCAUGCAGGAGAACAACAACAAGUAGGGGAGCUCGGAGUGCUCGGAAUGGGAGACACACAGAUAGGUUAAGCCACAUUGCCUGAUCAAUGCCAGCCAAUUCGACCGGAGUCCGUCUAAGCAGGAACACAUCCAACCCGAUGGUAAACGAUUUUAGUUAGAAUGUGAAUGGGAAUGGGAAGGGGAUUCUGGGUCAUGCCACCCGCCAGGUUGGGAGUGGAUUCUGCUCCAAGCACAGCACUCUCCGAUCCUCUCAAGCAAAAGUACGUUUAAUGUGUUCAAAGUGGAAACAAUAAGUAAACAGUUCGCCAACAACUUGCACAUACCAUACAUUGUAUGUAGGCUUAGGGUCCUUCCGCCAAAACGAAAGCUCUCUAAUCUGGCGUCCAUGGGUCUGAUGAUCCAUUCCUGGGCUCUGGUGAUCCAUUCCUGGGCUCUCUGCUCGCCAAAGACAUUUAGAUUCGAGUUAUUAUAUGUAGUUCUAGUGAGUGAGUGGGGUAUUUUGGAUUUGAUCGAGCAGUCGAGUGACACGAGACAGAGCGAGACGGAGAGAUGGCGAAAGGGAGGGAGACAGGAGAUUCGAGGAAGAGGGAGACAGGAGAUUCGAGGAAGAGGGAGAGGGAGACAAGUAGCUUGGGGAACGCAAGUUGUACUAGAGUUAAGUAUUAUGUGUACAUGUACAGGGUACGAGUAUAUGCAUGUGGAACUCGAACGAUCUCAUCUUGGAUAUAAUGUAUUUAGUUUGACACCCAACCCAAUUGGGGUCCGUUUAAGCUAGGGAACUUUGGAAAAGUUCAAGAGUUCAAGAGAGAAGAAGCAAAGUGUCUCCGCGACCGACAUCGCACAAGUAGCGGGUGCAGUGGCAGGCUUCAAUAGGAGUCUCUGGAUGGGAUCCAAAUUGGUUCCCAAUUUGGUUUAGUGACUAGUGUAGUGAACCCAACCAUAGUUGAUGGUUGACAACGAUGGACUUGCUUGUGCAAGAUCCAGCCAAACCAAAGCAAGUAGAUUGUAUUGUACAACUAGAUUGGAGGAGACGCCAGCAGGCGGAUGAAGCUCGGAUGAAACCAAAUAAAAAUUCACAGUAUUCCAACUCA